UGCAGCAAAGAAGAACACCCGAGGGCCGUGUCGGCAAUUGAAGACGGCGAAGGUCACCCGGGUGACCAACAGUCGUAUCAACAUCGGAUACGACGAGCGACAUCGGGCUGCACCGACGGCGGAGUUGCAUAGCUCCUUGGCCCACGACAUUGGUCAUGUCAUUCGGAGCUAUUGCCCGAUGCAAUGGAAGUCUUGGAAGGUGAUGCCUGACGAGACCAAGACUGCGGUUCGCGGCCAGUUGUCGGUAUGUAGGCCUUUUCAUUCUUUUUCUUUCAAACGUAGUUUUUAUAUUAUUUAAAUGUAUGUAAUUAAUUUAUUGCAGACGAACUACAACUUGGAGGACCUUGACGAAGAGUCGUUGGCGUACGUCAACAGACUCUUCUCUGAGAGGUACAAGCAGUGGAAGAGCGACUUGCACCACCAUUUUGAGGCGUUCGAUGAUCCGCAAGUCGCUCUUCAAGAGGGUUGCCCGAAAGAGCUUGAGGAGCGGGAGGAUAGUUGGGCGUGGCUCUGCGCUCAUUUUCAGGCGCCCGCUUUUGUGAAUAAAGCCAAAGUCAAUAAGGGCAAUAGGAAGAAGAAGACUCUUCUCCAUCAUUCGGGUUCCAGGCCCUUCUCCUAUUGGAUGGAUGCACGGCGUCAGGUAAUAAUAGAAUAAUUUUUAUUUAAUUUUUUACUUUUUCAUUAUUCUUAAUUUAUUUUGUCGUUCUAAUAUUUGUCUUCUUUUGU